CCACCCCCGGCCGCUUCCGGCGGCGGCGCUGACGUCACGGGGCGGGGGCGGGGCCCCUCGGGUCACGUGGGGGCGGCGGCGGCGCGAGCGGAGCGCGGGAGCGGAGGAGCCGGCGGCCAAUGAGAGCGGCCUGGGCUGCGCUGUCGCUGCUGCUGCUGCCCGGGCUGGGCCGCAGGGUGACGGUGACAGGGACAGCGGGCACGGCCACCAUGGAGGGGACAGCGCUGGGGACAGCCGGGAACGGCACCGCCGGGGACAGAGGGGACACCGCGGGUGACACCGCAGGGGACACCGGGGAGGUCUCGGCCGCCUUCGUCACCUGCCCCAACCUCAGCGUGGCCACCGAGCUGGCCAGGGCUCUGGUCCAGCAGCGUUUGGCCGCCUGCGUCAACAUCGUCCCCGGAGUGACCUCGGUGUACACGUGGCAGGGCAAGCUGGAGGAGGACAGCGAGGUCCUGCUGAUGAUCAAGACCCGCAGCUCCCGGGUGCCGGCGCUGAGCGACUUCGUGCGGAGCCACCACCCGUACGAGGUGCCCGAGGUGGUGGCGCUGCCGGUGGCGCAGGGGAACCCCCCGUACCUGCGCUGGGUGCGCGACAGCGUGCCGCCCUGAGACACGCCAGAAACCCCCAAAAACCCCCCAAAAUACCCCAAAACCACCCCAAAACCACCCCAAAAACCACCCCAAAACAACCCCAAAAGAACCCGAAAACCACCCCAAAAACACCUCAAAACCACCCCAAAACCACCCAAACCCACCCCCAAAAAAACCCCCAAACCCCCAACAAUCCACUCAAAAAUCCCCCCCCAAAUCCCCCUUAAACCUCCCAAAAAAACCCCAAAAUUCCCCCCCCAAAAAACCCCUAAAUCCCCCCAAAAUCCCCCCCCGAAAUCCCCCCGAGAAAAAGCCGAGUGAGCAAACAAACAUCCCCCAAAAUCCCUAAAAAUCCCCCAAAAAUCUCCCCACAAAAAUCUCCCCAAAACUCCCCAAAAAUUCCCACAAAUCCCAUGAGAAAUCCCCCCCAAAUCCUCCCACAAUUCCUACAGAAAUCCCCCAAAAGCCCAAAAUGGCCCCAAAAUCCCCUCGGAGCUGGGGGGGACCCCGAAAUCCCGGGGGAGGGGACGGGGAAUAAAGAGCAGAACCCCAAAA